CCAUUUUGGAGUCUGCAGCGUGUCGUCACUACAGCCGGCCGUCGCGUAUCCAGGAGACGGUUUCCACGGAAACCAGGGAGGGCGGGGAGACGGCACCCGAGACGCGAGGCGGGGUUUAAAUAAUACAUUUAUUAUAAUUGUAAUAAUCAAGAUCUGGUCAGAAGGGAACAUGGCUAAUACAACAACACCGAGCAAUGAGGAGGUUUACGUUGGACAGAUUAAAGGAGGUCUGCGUCCUGCUAUGAGAAUCGUACUGAUGGGCAUCAUUCACAAACAACCAAAAAGUUUGUCGGUGAUGGUGUCCUGCCCACCACGAGGACAAGGUGAUGAGGAGCAGGAGGGAGACGUGGGCCUGCAGCUGACCAUCAAGUUCACAGAAAAGGCCGUGAUCCGCAAUUCCAGAGUCAACGGGAAGUGGGGGGCGUCAGAAAGCAUCCUCUCUUUCUUCCCUUUUGCUGCCGGAGAGUCUUUUAAAAUGGAGAUCGUGUGUGAGCACCAGCAGUUCCGGAUCCUGGUAGAUGGUCAGCCGUUGUGUGGAUUCAGUCACAGAGUCACCCAGCUUGCGUCCCUCACGUCCCUGCGUGUGGGUGGAGACGUGCAGCUCACUAAAGUCGCAUAAAAAGAAAAGAGAUGACAUCCAAAAAAGUCUCACACACACACACACACACACACACACACACACACACACACACACACAAUAUAAUUGUAAGCAUUUGAUAUACCAUGUUCUGGUAAGUUAAUUUUCCUCCUGUAAUGACCUUUGACCCUCUGCAAUGACAGAGGAGUCAAGAAAAAAAAAACACACCUAUUCCCAACCUAAUCCUGUGUAACACUCGGACCUCACGCACACACGGAUAGAUUUUUCCUGGAAGCACGUUUUUCUCCUCCGUUUAAAAAAAAAGUCCAAAUUUUUCCCCAAACCGUAUUCUCACUUCUGAUUGGUCAGAAAGCUGCAUUAAGGCACUACUCGUUUCUAUAGUAACGAAAGAAGCAUACGAAGGCCAAAGCGAAAACGUUGCUUUUAAAAAUAUCCGUGUUGACGCUGCUUCAGUGACGCAAAUGUAAGACUAGUUUAGACGAAAUAAACGUGUGUAUUCAAAUAAUUAAACAUCUCCAUACUGCGAGAUCAGUGGAGGCGAAGAACAUCUCAAACACCUGCUACAGCAUCGACCUCGACCUUUGGCUAUUUCAUGGUUCAACAGAAGUGCCUUGACAUGUGUGUGUGUGUGUGUGUGUGUGUGUGUGUGUGUGUGUGUGUGUGUGUGUGUGUGUGUGGUUACUCUGUGUUCGUGCAGUGAAAAUACAUCCUGAACCACUUCAGAAGGCUCUCUGAGAGAUUUCUGAUGCAAUAUCUUACAUGGUGCUAUAGAACAGGGUGGUGUGUGUGUGUGUGUGUGCGUGUGUGUGUGUGUGUGUGUGUGUGUGUGUGUGUGUGUGUGUGUGUGUGACGCUUGUCUAUUAAACACUUUUAACACACACUUGGACGUUGACGUACGCUGCAUUAGAGGUUGCGUCAUCAUUUCUGUGUGUGUUUCAUCGAUAUGACGAAUGCACGUCCCAUGAAACUGACACGAGUGAUUGAGGGGAAAAAAAAACAUGUCUCUUAAGAUGCUUUUGUUUGAAUUUGAUGCUUAAUGAAGACAAUAAAAGUCUUUUUGCAAAUCA